CGUAAACAUUCAACUUCGGCAUAUAGUAACCAUGGAUAUUGGCUAUUAAUUUUUAUCCCUGGAAUAACCGUGUGGUAAUCGUUCGCAAUGGAAGGAGGAAGACAAAGGCGCAUAUGGGAGUAUUGCUGGGUGGCUCUGUGUUUUUCUUGUUUUCUGUGCUUCGGACAGCAGGCUUCAGCUCAGAUAAGAUACUCUAUCCCUGAGGAGGUGAAAGAAGGAUCCACUGUGGGAAAUAUUGCAAAGGAUUUGGGUCUUGAAGUAAGUAGCUUGGUGGACAGACAGUUCCGAAUCGUUUCGGGAUCUAAGGAAGAGCUUUUUCAGAUAAAUCAGGAAAAUGGCGUUUUGUACGUUCGUAAGAAAAUCGACAGAGAGACUUUAUGUGUUGGCAGCGGUGUCUGCAUGGUAAACUUAAAAACCGUUGUUGAAACUCCUCUGGAGAUACAUUAUGUAGAGAUAGAAAUAACGGAUAUAAAUGAUCACUCUCCUAGCUUUUCUGAUAAAGAGCAAAGGCUGAACAUUUCUGAAAAUACGCUGCCUGGCGCUGAUUAUCAGUUACAGGCUGCCAGAGAUCCCGAUUCGGGAGCGAAUUCGGUCCGUUUUUACAAAUUAAGUCCUAAUGAUCAUUUUGAAAUUAGAGUUCGAGAGAGUGAUGAGGAUAAGAUGCCUUUUUUAGUUCUGAAAAAAGCUAGUGACAGGGAGAUAACAACGACAUACAAGCUGCUUUUAACAGCAGUUGACGGAGGGUCACCUCCGAGGUCUGGGACUCUUAAUAUAACAGUUACCGUUCUCGAUAUAAAUGAUAAUCGCCCUGUGUUUAGCCGAGAGACAUAUUCUGUGACACUACUGGAGAACUCAGUUGUUGGCACUGUAGUGAUUCAAGUAAAUGCAACUGAUAAGGAUGAGGGCUCAAACAGUGAUAUCGAAUACAGCUUUAUAACAUUAAACAGCAAAGUGCAUGAGGUCUUUGAACUCGAUAAGGUUACAGGUGAAAUACGUGUGAAGGGGGAAGUGGAUUUUGAAGAAACAGAAGUUUAUAAACUCGAUAUUCAGGCGUCAGAUAAGGGGCAUCCGCCAAUGACUGCAAACUGCAGAGUUAAUAUUAAGAUUAUUGAUGUCAAUGACAACAAGCCUGAGAUCGAGAUUACGUCACUUUCCAAGAACAUCCCAGAAGAUUCAAAGCCUGGAACGGUUAUUUCUCUUAUCAGUGUGAUUGAUAAAGACGCCGGUAUUAACGGUAAAGUGAUUUGUCAGUUAAACAAAAAUGUUCCCUUUGAGCUAAAGCCUUCCUUCAAAGACAAUAUGUACUCUUUAGUAACACAUGGUCGCUUAGAUAGGGAAACUGAUUCACAGUAUGAUAUUAAAAUAACAGUUUCUGACUUAGGACAGCCGUCUUUGACGUCACUGACAACUCUAAGCGUGCAGAUUUCUGAUGUGAAUGACAACGCCCCGGAAUUUGCAAUAAAUCCUCUAGAGCUCUACCUAAUGGAAAAUAAUGCUGCAGGUUCGUCAGUAAUGUCAGUGAGCGCCUCUGAUAGCGACACAGCUGAAAACGCCGUGAUAUCAUAUCACAUAAUUAGAGGUGAUGGAACACAGGAUGAUAUGUCGUCUUUCUUGAAUAUUAAUUCGGAGACAGGUGUAAUUUAUGCACUAAAGAGUUUUGACUUUGAAACCUUAAAAACAAUCCAAUUCCACGUGCUCGCUUCAGACUCUGGAAGUCCGUCUCUGAGCAGUAACGUGACAGUGAACGUGUUUAUUCUGGAUCAGAACGACAAUGUUCCAGUGAUCUUAUAUCCAGUCAGUGCUAACGGUUCCGCUGAGGGUGUGGAGGAGAUUCCCCGCAAUGUGAACGCAGGUCAUUUGGUGACUAAAGUCAGAGCCUAUGACGCAGAUAUAGGAUACAAUGGCUGGUUAUUAUUUUCACUGCAGGAAGUUAGUGAGCACAGUCUCUUUGGUUUGGACCGCUAUACAGGACAGAUAAGAACCCUUCGCUCAUUCACAGAAACAGACGAGGCCCAGCAUAAACUGGUCAUACUGGUCAAAGACAAUGGGAACGUGUCACUCUCAGCAACAGCGACUGUGAUUGUCAAAGUUGUGGAGCCCAAAGAGGCUUUUGCAGCUUCUGAUGUGAAAAACGCAGUAAAAGACGAGGAGGAAAACAACGUGACAUUUUAUUUGAUCAUCACUUUGGGCUCGGUUUCAGUGCUUUUUGUCAUCAGUAUCAUCGUGUUGAUUGUAAUGCAGUGCUCCAAAUCUACAGACUAUUCAUCCAAGUAUUUACAAGAGGCAAAUUACGACGGGACUCUGUGUCACAGCAUCCAGUACAGAUCUGGAGACAAACGGUACAUGUUAGUUGGACCCAGAAUGAGUAUUGGAUCUACUAUAGUCCCGGGCAGUAAUGGGAAUACUCUAGUGAUACCAGAUCGCAGGAGGAGAGAUUCUGGAGAGGUAAGAGCCCUUUUGCAGCUUCUAACUUGA